AUGUGGAUCAAGGAAAAAGAAAGCUCCUCCUCUGGGACCCCCCACAUCUGGAUCCUAGAAGGAAUGCCUCUGGACCUCCCACACCCAGGCCUCCUGAGCCGCACUGUCUUCAGUGACUGUGGCUUCAUGGGACGUCUGGACAUCCUGCAGAGAAGCCCUGCCACCGCCAUGACCUUGAGUCCCAUUCCAGAUGCUGGCAAAGGAGAAGGUGAGGAAGAGGAGGAGGAAGACGGGGAGCUCCGUCUGCCAGCCGCCCCAAAGAAUUGCCUCCCCCGCCAGGGCAUCAGCAUCCUGGAGAAGCUGGUCAGGACCUGCCCGGUGUGGCUGCAGCUGGGUCUGGACCGGAUGCAGGCAGCGGAGAUUCUGCAGCAGGAAGCGGCCGGGAUGUUUCUGGUCCGUAAGAACAGCAGCUCCAAGCGCCUGGUUCUCUGUGUCCACGUCCCUUCGAGGAAUGAGGGCUUGUCCAGGGUGCUUGAAUACAACAUUAAAGAAGAAAAAUCAAUUCUCUUCUUGGAGGGCUCCGUACUCGUGUUCGAGGACAUCUUCAGGCUGGUCGCCUUCUACUGUGUCAGCAGAGACUUACUGCCCUUCACGCUGAGGCUGCCCCCGGCUAUCCUUGAGGCCCGAAGCUUCACAGACCUGCAGACCAUCUCCAACCUGGGCCUGGGCUUCUGGGACUCAUCGCUGAACCCCCGGCAAGCAGUAGGGAGCCCAGCGGAUCCCCCCAAGGACCUAGCCCCCGGGGCGCCCCCAGCCUCCAGCCUCAAGCCCACCACCCAUCAUGAGAACUGUUCCUGCGAAAUCGAGCUGGCCGUAGGCACUGACCGCCUGUGGUUCGUGAACCCCAUCUUUAUUGAGGACUAUGAGGCCCUCGCUCCUGCACUCCCAAUUUCUGCUCCCCACCUCACACCCUAUGCCCCAGAGCCCCCAGACCUUCCAAACCAGCCACCCGUGGCAGCCUGUGAGAGGCUCCCACGCCCUGCCCCACACCCGGGCCCCCUCAGGGAGGAAGAGGAGAAACGGCGGAUUGCCCCGGCCCCUCCGCUGCCCACAAAGAAGGGCCUGCCUCCUGCACCCCCAAGACGACGCCUGUCCGAAAGGGUCUCCCUCGAGGAGCUCGGCUCAGGGAAGGCGGUAGGUGGGGACCCGCUCGGCCCUUCCAGGGUGACCUCGCUCAGCCUGCCUCUCCCAGGGACCUCAGACAGCUCUGGGGACAGGCCUCAGAGGACCACGGAGCAAGGCCAGCAAGCAGAGGCCACAGCCAGAAGCCUGGGCAGCAUGCACGAGCCGCCCAAGAAGAUCAGACAGCCCCCCGUGCCACCCCCCAGAAAGAAGCGCAUCUCCCGGCAGCUGGCCUCUGUCCUCCCAAGUCCCUUGGAGGGCACCGAGGUCUCCAGGGAGGAGGUAGCCCCCGAGAAGCCCCCACCUGAACCCCCCAAAGAAGGCCCAACCCCUGCCCCACAAGCUGGGACUCAGAGCCUCCAGGUCCAGGCUGGUGGCCGCCCCCAGAGCGCCCCAGAGUUCAAGGGCUCGCUGGCCUCCCUGUCGGACAGCCUGGGCGUGCCUGCGUCGGCCGCAGACCAGGACUCGUACUCCACCAGCAGCACGGAGGAGGAGCUGGAGCAGUUCAGCAGCCCCAGCGUGAAGAAGAAGCCGGCCAUGAUCCUGGACAAGGCGCGCCACCGCCUUAGCUUUGCGAGCUUCACCAGCGUCUUCCACGCCUUCCUGUCCAACAACCGCAAGCUGUACAAGAGGGUGGUGGAGCUGGCUCAGGACAAGGCCUCCUACUUCGGCAGCCUGGUGCAGGACUACAAGGUGUACAGCCUGGAGAUGAUGGCGCAGCAGACCUCCAGCACCGAGAUGCUGCAGGAGAUCCGUACCAUGAUGACCCAGCUCAAAAGCUAUCUGCUGCAAAGCACCGAGCUCAAGGUCCUGGUGGACCCCAGCCUGCACGCGGAGGAGGAGCUCGAAGCGAUCGUGGAGUCUGCCCUGUACAAGUGUGUCCUGAAGCCGCUGAAGGACGCCAUCAACUCCUGCCUACACGAGAUCCACAGCAGGGAUGGCUCGCUGCAGCAGCUCAAGGAGAACCAGCUGGUGAUCCUGGCCACCACCACCACCGACCUGGGCGUGACCACCAGCGUGCCCGAGGUGCCUGUCAUGGAGAAGAUCCUGCAGAAGUUCAGCAGCAUGAACAAGGCCUACUCGCCCGAGAAGAAGAUCGACAUCCUGCUCAAGACCUGCAAGCUCAUCUACGACUCCAUGGCGCUCGGCAACCCAGGCAAGCCCUACGGGGCCGACGACUUCCUGCCGGUGCUCAUGUACGUGCUGGCCCGCAGCAACCUCACAGAGAUGCUCCUUAACGUGGAGUACAUGAUGGAGCUCAUGGACCCCGCGCUGCAGCUGGGCGAGGGUUCCUACUAUUUGACCACCACCUACGGUGCCCUGGAGCACAUCAAAAACUACGACAAGAUCACGGUGACCCGGCAGCUGAGCGUGGAGGUGCAGGACUCCAUCCAUCGCUGGGAGCGGAGGCGCACACUCAACAAGGCCCGAGCCUCCCGCUCUUCCGUGCAGGACUUCAUCUGUGUGUCGUACCUGGAGCCCGAGCAGCAGUCGCGGACACUAGCGUCCCGGGCAGACACACCGGCCCAGGCACUGUGUGAGCAGUGUGCGGAGAAAUUCGAGGUGGGGCAGCCUGAGGACCACCGGCUCUUCGUGCUGGUGGAUGGCCGCUGCUUCCAGCUGGCGGACGACGCACUGCCCCACCGCAUCAAGGGCUACCUGCUUCGGUGUGAGCCCAAGCUUGACUUUCACUUCGUGUACCGACCCCUGGACGGCGGUGGGGGCAGUGGGAGCCCACCCUGCCUUGUGGUGCGAGAGCCCAACUUCCUGUGA